GAACUUUUUCGCAAAAGCUCAGCGUAUAAAUAGUGUCGUUGGGUCUUGUUUCAAAACAGAAUCAAAUUUGGAUUAAUCUCAGAGACACGCAUUCGUCUGGGAACAUCUUCGCAAAAUGAAAUUCUUGGUUAUUGCUUUUGCUGUGAUCGCAGCGGCUGCGGCCACUUCCCUCUCCACGGAGUACCUGCCCCCUGUCGACAACAACAUCGAGUUUGUUGGCGAGCAGGCUGAUGUCUCUUUCGACCAAGGUGUGCUCAGCGAUGAUGGCUACCGCUACAAGACCGUCCGUCGCCUGAAGCACCGUCACCGUCGUGAUGUCAACGAGCUGUCCAACGAAUACCUGCCCCCAGUUGCUGAGGCCCCAAUUGCCCAGGAGGUCGCCGUUGAGUCUGCUCCUCUUGCUGGAGGUUACCGUUACAAGACCCUCCGUCGUGUGAUCCGUCGCCGUCGUGAUGUCAACGAGCUGUCCAACGAAUACCUGCCCCCUGUUGCUGAGGCCCCAAUUGCCCAGGAAGUCGCCAUUGACUCGCCAACGCUGCCCCCAGUUGCUGAGGCCCCAAUUGCCCAGGAAGUCGCCGUUGAGUCUGCUCCUCUUGCUGAUGAUGGUUACCGUUACAAGACCGUCCGUCGUGUGCUCCGUCGCCGUCGUGAUGUCAACGAGCUGUCCAACGAAUACCUGCCCCCAGUUGCUGAGGCCCCAAUUGCCCAGGAAGUCGCCAUUGAGUCCGCUCCUCUUGCUGAUGAUGGUUACCGUUACAAGACCGUCCGUCGUGUGAUCCGUCGCCGUCGUGAUGUCAACGAGCUGUCCAACGAAUACCUGCCCCCUGUUGCUGAGGCCCCAAUUGCCCAGGAAGUCGCCAUUGAGUCCGCUCCUCUUGCUGAUGAUGGUUACCGUUACAAGACCGUCCGUCGUGUGAUCCGUCGCCGUCGUGAUGUCAACGAGCUCGCCAACGAAUACCUGCCCCCAGUUGCUGAGGCCCCAAUUGCCAGGACGUCGCCAUUGGUCUGGCUCCCUUUGCUUGAUGAUGGUUACGUUAACAAGACCGUCGCGUCGUGAGUUCUCCGUCGCCGUCGUGGAUCUGUCAACGAGCUGUCAACGAAAUACCUGCCCCAGUUGCUGAGGCCCAAUUGCCCACAGGAAGCCAAUGCCCAGGAGUCGCCAUUGAGUCUGACUCCUCUUGCUGAGGAUGGUUACCGUUACAAGACCGUCCCUCGUGUGAUCCUCGCGCGUCGGAUUGUCAACGAGACUUGGCCAACGAAUACUGCCCCUCAGUUUGAUGCACUCGCUGUCAUUGAUGUCCCGCGAGUCCGCCGUCUUGGCGAGUGA